UGCCCCGUAUGCCGGAAGUAAAGGGCCACCUUGGUGAGGUAGCUCGUGUGGUAUGUAGGAAAGUACGUCUGAAUGAGUUAAAGUGCCGGUAUAAUUUACUAUACGAAGCCUAUAGGGGUUUGGAUUCUGCCAUGCUGAAAGGGUGACAAUGGCUUUAAACAGGAUCAUCUGCCUAUCCAGAAAACAUCUCUGGAGGACUUCAGUUGGAUGUCAGGAACCCCUGGAGAUCUGGGCCCACCUGGGCUUGUACUCCCCAGGCUCAGAUUUCCACAGUUCCCCGGUUUCCUCUGCUGGACACAAUAAGUGGUCCAAGGUGAAGCAUAUAAAAGGUCCUAAGGAUGAGGCGCGGGCGCGGCUAUUUGCCAAACUGGCCGUGAUGAUCAAAGUGGCAGUUAGAGAAGGAGGACCGAACCCGGACCUGAAUGUCAAUUUGGCGCAGCUGAUCGAGCAAUGUCGGCAACGAAACAUGCCAAAGAGUUCCAUCGACAAUGCCAUCAAAGGGGCGGAUAAGUCGAAGCCCACGUCGUACGCACUGUAUGAGGGGAGAGGACCUGGUGGCUCCUCGCUGCUCGUUGAGGCUCUCACAGACAACAACAAGAGGUCAUACGCGGAACUCAAACUUAUCAUGGCAAGGAAUGGGGGAUCAAUGUGCGACGGAGCUCGACACUGUUUUGAUAAGAAGGGGGUUGUGACGGUGCAAACUAAUGACGGCGAGGGGAACGCUGUGCAGCUGGAACGGGCGCUCGAACUGGCUAUAGAAGCGGGAGCUGAGGAUGUGCAGGAAACACAAGAUGAAGAAGAGAGGGACGUGUACAAGUAUAUCUGUGAUGUGUCGUCUUUGCGUGACGUUCGUUCCAAUUUAGUCUCUUUGGGUCUGGUGCCGCUCACCUCUGGACCAGAGUUCCUCCCAAACCUCACUGUGAGACUCUCAGACGCUGACAUGGAGCUGGCAUCGCAACUCCUAGAGUUAAUCCACAAUCAAAUAGACGUGAUGAGGGUCUACGACAACAUUGAGUAGAGCAGCAGAACCCAGAGUGAUGUGAACACCUUCAGGAUGCCAAGUUCUGGAAGGACUGUAACAUCUGGUGGAGCGAGUGUGUGGACCUUCACACAUGGAGCCAUCUGAGGUACUGGAGACCUUGCGGUAUCUGACAGUGACCAGUGACACCAAGCGGACAGGAAUACACUAGUCAUAGACACCAGCUCUAUCCAUUUGUAAAAGCAAAAUGGCGGCGUCCACUGUGAAGACAUUUUUUUGUGUGUAAAAGGAUCGCGCUGCCGCAGUAUUUAUUUAUUCACUAACCUCUGUAAAUGUAAACUGGUGGGUUUAGGUUACCGCCGGUUUCCUUGUUAUCAUGCCGUGUUUGUACUGUCACCCCUCCUGCCGCUUGCAACUGGCGUAUCUUAAUUCCAGGAAUCUUGGGGGGGAUUUCUGGGGGGGAUCUCCAUAAAGCUGCCUAGAU